AUGGCUGACUUAAACGAACUAAAAGAAGAAUUCGUAGAACUUCUAAAUGAAGAGAAUCCGAUUGAAAACCCUCCAAAAAUGCACGAAGAAGAAAAAACUGAAUGAGGAACCCUAAAUGAAGAAAUCGAAUACAUUGAUCCGCAGUUUCGCAGUACUAAAUCAAGCCUUGACUCUCAAGAGCUAUCUUAUAAGCUUGAAAAGAAGCUAGAACUGCUAGACUUCGAGCUAAAUAAAUUUAAAAACGCCAACGAAAAGCUCGAAACCAUACUCAAAAGCGCCAAAGACAAAGAAAAAGAUGCUAAAAAACUGAAUGAAACCCUAGAAAAAAAGCUCGAACAAGUAAAGCUUGAGCAAUCUGCAUGAGUCGAAAAGCAGCAGAAAGCCAUCCGACAACGAGAAAAAGCUAGAAAAGACAGCCAAAAAAACUUGGCAGCUGCCAUUUCACACAAUGAAAGAGAAGAAUUCAAUAACUUAAAGCAGCAAUUCCAAGCUUUACAAGAAGAAAGAAAACGAAAAGAAAACCGCGACAAUAAGGUGAUUUCCAAGCUGACAAGGGAAAAAAUGGAGCUCCAAAACAAGCUUUUUGAGCUUGAAGAAAGGUCAAGAGAUUUAAACUUAAACUUAUUACAGGGUGGCGUCUGCCUUAUUGGUUACGCAGUCACCAAGGACCUUCCCAUAUGGAUGGUUAAUCCGCUUUGCGCCGUCUUCAGCUUCGCCUUGAUUGAAUUGGGACAAUGAUUCGCCGGACAAGUGUUCGGCUCUGACACUGCCUUUCUUCUCCUUCAGCGCCUGAUGCCAGGACACCUCUGAAGUGUGGGGUUCUGCUUCGUACGUCUGCUCUUUCACUUGUCGAGUCCAGUGUUGAGUGGGCGGACUAUGGACUUCUGCGGCUGCUGCAUGGGUGAACGAGGUUGGCCAUCCAAAAAUCCCAAAAAAUGGAAUUUUCUGUUCGACCUCUCGCCAAAAAGGAAAAGUCUAGAUCCCGGGGACGUAACACCCGGCUUCACGCUAGGCAGUUGCCCGAUUGGUCUGGGUAUUACCUGCAGACGCUGCUGGGCUUGCCCUUUCCAAACCUAAACCUCCCUUUCCCUUGAAGCAAAAACCAAUCCUGAAAAGAGACUUGGGGUAGGCUCUGUACAUUACCAGAAUUGCUUACCUAGCAUUGCUGUCGAUUUCUAGAUUGGCAAAACCUUGCCGGAUAUAAUUAAAAUAUGUGCUAGGUGGAGACGCCAUAUUUUAAUUGAAAGGUCAAGAGACAGAAGGAGAUCUCCAAUUGUCCCUGCAAGUAGGUCUACUGCAGAAACCCAAACUCCUAUUGAAGAAGAAAAAGGGAAUAUAGAAGCACUUACCCCAAUUGAAAUAUUCAGCGCCCAUUCAAGGGUCUUAGAAGUUGUAAAACAAAGCACGCUCAGUGACGGGAGGGUCCAAAAAACACUAGCAGAUGGACAUAUUUUAAUUGUUUUUCCAGAUGGGAUGAGGCAGGAAAAGUACCAAAAUAACUACAAGAUUACUUAUUUCCCGAAUAGAGAUAUAAAGCAAGAUUUCCCUGAUGGGUCUACACAGUAUUUCUUUGCGGAGACUGGGGCGUUUCAAAAAGUAUAUGCAAAUGGGAAACAGACGAUAAGGUUCAAUAAUGGACAAACAGAAAAACAUUAUAACGAUGGGUCAAAGAAAAUAAUUUACCCUGAUGGCACUGUGAAGAGGAUUACAAGCAAUGGGGAAGAAGUCUGUAUGUUUAUGGACGGAGUUGUGGAGAGAACUGAUAAUAAAGGGGUGAAACAGCUUAUUCACCCUGGAGGAAAUAUACACCUCUCUCCUUAAAUAGCAAGUAAAAGCUUAUAAUGUAUAGCAAAGUACCUAUUAAUAAAUAUGGUAUAGAAAUGACUGAAACGAAUUAA